CCAAGAUGAAAGAUAUCAAUGGCAGAUUCGAAGAGCUCUAUAAAGAAAGAGUUGAACUUGGAUUGAUGCACGAGACUUCUGGAGGGACAUCAAGUACUGCUGCAUCUACUCAACAAGGAGUAGAUCCAAGACCACCCACUUCCAGUCUGCCAACUGAAGAAGCUGUUUAUGGGAGAGGUGAAGACAAAAAAGAAAUAAUUAAGAUGGUGUCAAGUGAUAAACCAAUAGAAGCCAACUUUGGUGUGAUAGCAAUUGUGGGCAUGGGAGGACUCGGCAAAACAACACUUGCUCGGGAGGUUUACAAUGACAAGGAAUUGGAACUUCUCAAGUUCGAGAAAAAAGCAUGGGUUUCUAUCUCUGACGAUUUUGAUGUUAUGAGAAUCUCGAAGUCAGUUCUCGAGUCCAUAAAUCCCUCAUCCAGCAGUCUAAAUAGUUUAAAUGAAAUACAAGGUAAGUUGAAAGAGAAAAUACGUGGAAGAAAAUUCCUGCUGGUCUUAGAUGACGUUUGGAAUGACAGAGAGAGUUUGUGGGAAACCUUCAAGUCUCCAUUCAAAGAUAGUGCACGGGGAAGUAAAAUAAUUGUGACUACACGCAAUGAAGGAGUUGCAGUAACAAUGAGAUCCUUUGAAACUCAUAAAUUAAAGACUCUUUCAGAUGAUGAAUGUUGGAAUUUGUUUAUGAAGCAUGCACCUUCGACUGGUAUGGAUACUAAUGCUCUUGGGAAAUUUCGUGAACGUGUUGUUAAAAAGUGUGGAGGAUUGCCGCUGGCAGCAAAGACUCUAGGUGGUCUUCUGCACUAUGAACCGAAAGUUGAUGCAUGGGAGAAUAUUUUAAACAACAGAGUAUGGGAUUCAACUAACGGAGAUGACAUCCUUCCCGUGUUAAGGUUAAGUUACCGUCAUCUUCCUCCACAUCUUAAAAGAUGUUUCGCUUAUUGUGCAAUUUUUCCCAAAGAUUAUGAGUUCAACGAAGAGGAACUUGAGCUUUUAUGGAUGGGAGAAGGCAUUAUUCAACAAUCAGAUGAGCACCUAAAUUUGGCUAGUGAGUAUUUUCAUCAUUUAUGUUCCAGGUCUCUUUUUCAAAAAUCAAGUAGCAAUAAUUUUAAAUAUGUAAUGCAUGACCUUGUUCAUGAUCUAGCACAAUCUGUUUUUGGAGAAAUUGGUUUUAGAUCAGAGGAAGCCAUUUCUAUGCUACCAAAAAAUUUUGAAAGGACUCGUCAUUUUUCUUAUAUUUCUAAACACCAUGAUGGAAAAAAUAUGUUCAAGGACUUGCAAAAAUUGAAAAGCCUAAGAACAUUCUUUCCAGUAUUUAUGAGUCCUUAUAGACAGUAUAACCCUGAGUACAUAGAUGCUACAAUUAUUUUUAAUUUAUUGCGGCAUUUGAAGAAGUUAAGAGUGCUAUCUUUAGAAAGAUACUUCAUCACACAUUUACCAAAUUCAAUUGGAGGCUUGAUACAUCUGAAGUAUCUCAAUUUGUCCAACACUAUGGUCAAAAGUUUGCCUGAGUCAACAAGCUCAUUACUUAACUUGCAAAUUUUGCUACUAAAAGACUGUUCUCGUCUUUUGGAGUUACCUUCAAAGAUGAGAUAUUUGACCAAUCUAUGUCAUAUUGAUAUUAAAGGUGCAAGGUCAUUGAAAGGGAUGCCGCCUGGUAUGAAAGAGUUGAUAAACCUCCGAAUGUUGUCUAAUUUUAUUGUGGUCAAAGAAAAGAAUUUCAAUUUGAAUGAUUUGAGGAAUUUAAGAUUUCUUAAAGGAGAGCUUCACAUUUCCAAAUUAGAGAACGUUAGUCAUCACAACCAAAUUAGAGAGCCCGUACUAAAAAAUAUGAAAGAUUUAGAAAUAUUGUUGCUGGAAUGGGGAUCUCAAUCCGAUGGCUCACCGAAUGAGGAAGUAGAAAGACAUGUUCUUGAGAUGCUAAAACCUCAUAGCAAUUUGAAAGAACUUGUAAUCAAGUGCUAUGGUGGUGCAUGUUUUCCAUCUUGGUUAGGAGAUUCGUCAUCGCUCUCCAAUAUGACAAUCCUUAAAUUAGGAAAAUUUAAGAACCGUGCAAGGUUUGCCUUCAAUCUGGAUGUUGAGCUCACUUAA